AUGUCCAUGUCGAACGUAGCGCGUGUGCUCGCAGGAGCCGCCGGCGUGACGCUGGCCACUCUCGCUGGGCUUUUGUAUAUAUAUCAGACGGCGCUCAUCUAUCCGGCGUCAUUACCAGAGGGAUCUCGCGCGAUAGUCGACUCACCGGCCCUGUACAAAUUGCCGUUCACAGAGCACCGUCUCGUGACCCCUGAUCGUAUCAAGCUGCAUGUAUAUGCCAUGACGCACGACGACGAGAGCGAAAAGCGACCCACCAUCCUGAUGCUCCAUGCCAAUGCAGGCAACAUGGGCCAUCGUCUGCCUAUUGCACAACAGUUCUUUUACCGCCUCGGCUGCCACGUCGUUAUGCUGUCCUACCGCGGAUACGGCCUUUCGACGGGCGAGCCGACGGAGCCAGGACUUCGCAUCGAUGCACAGACUACCCUGGAUUGGAUCCGCGAGCACCCCAAGCUCGCAGGCACGCCAGUGAUUGCAUAUGGCCAAAGCAUCGGCGGCGCUGUCGCCAUCGACUUGGCCGCUCGUAAUCCCCAAACCGUGCGUGUCCUGAUGGUGGAAAACACAUUCCUAAGUAUUCCCAAGCUGAUUCCGUCCGUGCUGCCCAUCCUGCGCUAUUUCACCUUUCUGUGUCGCGAAGUAUGGCCUUCUUUCCAGUCCAUCACCAAGAUUCCAUCCAGCACUGCUGUCUUGUUUUUGGCAGCCAAGAAGGAUGAGAUUGUGCCCCACGAGCACAUGAUCGAACUGCACCGCCUGUGCUCCAGCCCCCAAAAGGAAUUCCAUGUCUUUGAGCACGGCACCCACAACGAUACCUGGCUCGAUGAAAAAUACACGGAUACCAUCGCCCUUUUUCUGAAUAAGCACAAGACCAUGUGGGACCCGCCGCAGGCUGUAUGGCAAGACACGCACGACGAUGACGAGCGCAAAUCAUUUUUGUAG